UUUCUCACUCAAACCCACACACUUAAGGAAGAGAAACACUUGAACAUUUCUCCUAAGCCAAAAACACAAACGUAUAGUAUGGGCAGCGGCGAUCACGUGGGCGGCGGCGGCGGCGGCGGGCAGCGCGUGGAGAUCCCGCCUCCGCAGCCGUUCUCGAAAUCUCUAAAGAACACUCUGAAGGAGACAUUCUUCCCGGACGACCCCCUCCGGCAGUUCAAGAACCAGCCCCCGCGGCGGCGGCUCCUCCUCGGCCUGCAGUACGUGUUUCCCAUCCUCGAGUGGGGCCGCCAUUACACUCUCGAGUUCUUCAAGGCCGACCUCAUCGCCGGAAUCACCAUUGCCAGCCUCGCCAUUCCGCAGGGUAUCAGCUACGCCAAGCUCGCCAACUUGCCGCCAAUUCUUGGCCUUUAUUCGAGCUUCGUUCCGCCGUUGAUUUACGCCGUCAUGGGGAGCUCGAGGGACCUGGCGGUGGGCACGGUGGCGGUGGCGUCGUUGCUGACGGCUUCGAUGCUGGGAGGCGUGGUGGACCCGCAACAAGAUCCGCAGCUUUACCUCCAUCUUGCUUUCACGGCCACUUUCUUCGCCGGCCUCUUUGAGACAGCCAUGGGAAUAUUCAGGCUAGGAUUCAUAGUGGAUUUCCUGUCGCAUGCAACGAUAGUAGGGUUCAUGGCAGGAGCUGCCACGGUGGUGAUUCUUCAACAAUUGAAAGGCGUUUUAGGGCUUGAACAUUUUACUCACAAGACUGACGUCAUCGACGUCUUGCACUCUAUUUUCACCCAAACUCACCAGUGGAGAUGGGAAAGUGCUCUAUUGGGAUUUGUUUUCCUUUUCUACCUCCUAAUUUCGAGAUACUUUAGCAAGAAGAGGCCAAAUCUAUUCUGGAUAUCGGCAAUGGCUCCAUUAACAUCUGUGAUAUUGGGAAGCCUUCUUGUGUAUCUCACCCAUGCUGAAAAGCAUGGAGUUCAAGUGAUAGGACAUUUGAAGAAAGGGAUAAAUCCACCUUCAUUUAUGGAUCUCAACUUCGAUUCAAGAUAUCUGCCCACAGCAAUCAAGACUGGCAUCAUCACGGGAAUUAUUUCAAUGGCUGAGGGAAUGGCGGUGGGGAGAAGCUUUGCGAUGUUCAAGAAUUACCACAUUGAUGGCAACAAAGAAAUGAUCGCUUUUGGGAUGAUGAACAUUGCCGGUUCUUGCACCUCUUGCUACCUUACCACAGGGCCGUUUUCGCGAUCGGCGGUGAACUUCAACGCGGGGUGCAAGACGGCGGUGUCGAACAUAGUAAUGGCGAUUGCGGUGAUGGCGACGCUGCUAUUCCUGACGCCGUUAUUCCACUACACGCCGCUGGUGGUGCUGGCCGCCAUCAUCAUGGCCGCCAUGCUCGGCCUCAUCGACUACGAGGCCGCCAUCCAUUUGUGGCACGUCGACAAAUUCGACUUCCUCGUCUGCAUCACUGCUUACGUUGGCGUCGUCUUCGGCAGCAUUCAGAUCGGACUGGUUCUUGCAAUUGGGCUUUCCAUAAUGAGAGUUCUGCUGUUCGUAGCAAGGCCAAGAACAUUACUUCUUGGAAACCUUCCCGAUUCCAAGAUUUACAGAAACGUGGAUCAUUAUCAGCACGCGCAGAGUGUGGCCGGCAUUCUCAUUCUUGAAAUCGACGCUCCCAUUUACUUUGCAAACUCCAACUAUUUGAGAGAGAGGAUUUCGAGAUGGAUCGACGACGAAGAAGAAAGGAUCAAAUCCUCCGGUGACAUCGGAUUGCAGUACGUUGUGCUCGACAUGAGUGCUGUGGGAAACAUUGAUACAAGUGGGAUUAGCAUGAUGGAUGAGAUUAAGAAGAUUAUUGAUCGAAGAGGGCUCAAGUUGGUGCUGGUGAAUCCGGUGGCAGAGGUGAUGAAGAAGCUGGACAAAUCGAAGUUUCUGGAAACAUUGGGGCAGGAGUGGAUCUUCUUGACUGUGGGGGAGGCUGUGGGAGCAUGCAAUUACAUGCUUCACACGUGCAAACCACACACUUCUGAGAAAUAUAGCAAUAAUGUUUGAGUUGAGAUCAUCAUGUCUUGUAUGAAUCAAGUGUGGAACCCAGAGAUUAAACGUGAGAAGACAAAUUCUUCCCCUAAUCUGUAGUGCCAUAUGUAUAUGUAUGUAUUAAAUUGAUUGGGAAAUUAAUUCCCAACUCAAGAAAAAUGGGUUCCAUUAUUUCUCUCA